AUGUCUCGAGGAAGUAGUGCAGGCUUUGAUCGCCAUAUAACAAUCUUUUCGCCUGAAGGACGAUUGUAUCAAGUUGAAUAUGCAUUUAAGGCGAUUAAUCAAGAAGGAAAUACUUCGGUAGCUUUAAAAGGAAAGGAUAUUGCAGUUGUAGCAACGCAGAAAAAAGUUCCAGAUAAGCUUAUUGAUCCAGCAACAGUUACACAUAUGUUUAGAAUAACUAAGAAAAUUGGAUGUGUAAUGACGGGAAAAUUAGCUGAUAGCAGAUCUCAAGUCCAACGGGCUCAAUAUGAGGCUGCAAACUGGAAGUACAAGUUCGGAUAUGAAAUUCCAGUUGAUGUUUUAUGUCGUCGAAUUGCUGAUAUCGCUCAAGUCUAUACACAAAAUGCCGAAAUGAGACCUUUGGGAUGUUCAAUGGUUCUUAUUGCAUUCGAUGAUGAAUUAGGACCUUGCGUUUAUAAAACUGAUCCUGCUGGUUAUUACUGUGGAUUUAAAGCUGUUUCAGUCGGAGUUAAACAAACUGAAGCCAAUAGCUAUUUGGAAAAGAAAUUAAAGAAGAAAUCCGAAUAUAAUGAGAAUGAAGCUAUCCAAUUAGCAAUCUCAUGCUUAUCGACUGUAUUGGCUCUUGAUUUUAAGUCAUCAGAAAUUGAAGUCGCAAUUGUUACUCGCGAUAAUCCAGAAUUCCGACCAUUACCGAAAGAGGAAAUUGAAAAGCACUUGAAUGAAAUUGCUGAAAAAGAUUAA